AAUAAAAGAACCAGGCAUGUUAUGAUAACAAACACGUACAGAAGUCAUCAGUUUAGAAUAAAAACUCAUUUGAGAUACCAUCUCUAAAUUCCAUCACAACGUGUCGACCACAUCAAGCAUGCGGACCAGCAAACGUUCUCUCCCUGAAGACUUCCACGACAGCAAACGUAAGCGAAUUCGAAAAACUACAACGCAGCUACAGGCCAUAACUUCAUGGGAUCAGACACCGUACCUUGUAUUGUUAGAGGUGUUUAAACAUUUGUCAGAUAAAAGCCGAUGUGUGGCAUCACAGGUAUGUCGGGCAUGGAACAAUGCAUUCAAAAACCCAUCCUUGUGGCGGUCAAAGUCCUUUGUUGUUGGUGGCCCUAACGCCCAGAACGCAGCUUUUCGGGCCAUCCAGUUCACGAAAUUGUUCGGCCACAAUCUGCAAGAGUUGAGGAUCACGUGCCGACACCUGACGUCCAGCACUUGUAAGCUGAUCAUUGAGAACCUGGAAGCUGUUUUCCUGCUGCUGGCAGCCUCCAGACUCCGGCUCUUGGUCGUAGCGGAGCUGGAGCUGGACAGGUUCUGGAGAUAUCCGAACCUUAGGACAAGUGCUGCCAUCUGUCUGGUUAACUUUAUACAGUCGCAGAGCGGCCUGGAGGAGUUUGCAAUGAAAUCGGCUCAGUUUUCAUUACAACAAGGCGUUUGUCUAUUAGACGUGUUAGCCGCAGCCUCGGGACCUAAGAUAACCACAUUGGACAUAGAAGAUUUCUUUAGUAAUCAAAAUGCUGUCGGCGUUUUUGGUGCAUUCAAAACUGUGUUACUGAAAUUUGAGAACCUUUCGAGUCUGGCACUAAAUUACUGUUACCUGAGCGAUGAGCUUAUGGAACAUCUGGCGUUGGUUCUUAAGGGACGACUGAAACGUUUCACGAUAAGGGCCAAUCACGAUGAGCCUGGCGAAACGAUCUCUAACAAGAGAUGGAGUUUACUGAAAUUGGCAUGCCCUAAUUUAGCGGUUUAUUUGACAAUGUCGGCAAUCAUUGAGGUUGACAACGUUCUUCAGAUUUUAGCCCCGAGUAUGCCAUUGGUCAGUUUUUACAUGUGGCCAGGGUUUGAUCCCCGAUUAGAUACCCAAUUAGAAUGGCAGUUGACAGUAACCAUGAAUCAUGUUGCCAACCACUUCCACGAAAGUUUGGAAGAACUGGUUUUCAACGGUGACAACUUCCCAGACAGCUUAGACGACGAGCUAAUCCGAACAAUAGCUAGGUGUAAUCAACUCAGAAUUAUUCGAAUGAAAAUCACCGCUAAUAUAAAUGGCCUGCAUUUUGUGCGGAGCUUGUGCGGGUUGUUAAAGGAAGACGAUUGCACGCUGAAAGACGUUUGUAUCACACUGUGUGACAUUUUUGUGCCAGACGAUGUGCAUGCCAGGGAUCAAAUCAAUCAGCUUGUACAAGAGAUGCAACCUUUCAUCGACACUCGGGGUAUUGACUUAGAGUUUCGAUCCCUCGACGAUUUUUGAACUGGCCUAACAUGCGAGCUGCUGAAAAUUGCCAUCAAGCAGGGUAACAACUGUACGGACUGGAAAGUGGAACGUGGAAGAAAAAUCAAAAUUUAAAAACACAUUUUUUUGGCAACAAAAACUAAUUGAUCGAUAAAUAAUUGAUCUGUUUGAUAAUGCUCUAGUCAUUUGUUUGAAAAGAAAACCAUAUAUUCGUAUUAAA